AGCACGGGAGGCGGGGGAGAGGCGGCGAAGGGCAUCACUCAGAAGGGACGCCGCGGCUAAAUGUCUAGGGGGGGAGCCGAGCUUCUCCCCGGACCCGCGCGGAGGGCGACCGUGAUGCUGCAGAACCCGCGUGAGCGACUUGCCGCCGCCGCUCUCCCGGCUUUCGGAGAUCCCAGUGCCCGCCUUCUGCAGGGGAAGCGACCAUGGCCAUAGCUCGUGACUUGUCCCCCGGCUACUUCGCCUGGAAAGAAAGCCUUGAAAAAGUUGCAUUGUAAAAAUCCUUGCGCUGACCCUUGGGGCCGUAGAGACUGAGCGUGUGCACACAGGAAAUCGGACCGUGUGUGUGCAUGGGGGGGCGUUGGUGUGGGGAACCUCCUCUGUCACUUCACCAAGUGUUGUGCUGAGACUCUGGCCACCAUCUCUCCCCGGCAUACUGGGGCUGCGAUGAGCCCCUGUGGGCGGGUACGGCUACAUACAUCCAGAGGGGCCAUGGCUGUACUGGCGUGGAAGUUCCCGCGGACCCGGCUACCCGUUGGAGCCAGUGCCCUCUGUGUUGUGGUCCUCUGUUGGCUCUACAUCUUCCCGGUCUACCGGCUGCCCAACGAGAAGGAGAUAGUGCAGGGUGUGCUGCAACAGGGCACUGCGUGGAAGAGGAACCAGACGGCGGCCAGAGUGUUCAGGAAACAAAUGGAAGAUUGCUGUGACCCCGCCCACCUCUUUGCUAUGACUAAAACGAAUUCCCCUAUGGGGAAGAGCAUGUGGUACGAUGGAGAGUUUUUAUACUCAUUCACCAUUGACAAUUCAACUUAUUCUCUCUUCCCACAGGCAACCCCAUUCCAGCUGCCCCUGAAGACUUGUGCGGUGGUGGGAAAUGGUGGGAUUCUGAAGACCAGUGGCUGUGGCCGUCAAAUAGAUGAAGCAAAUUUUGUCAUGCGAUGCAAUCUCCCUCCCUUGUCAAGUGAAUACACUAGAGAUGUUGGGUCCAAAAGUCAUCUGGUGACAGCUAAUCCCAGCAUAAUUCGACAAAGGUUUCAAAACCUGCUUUGGUCCAGAAAGACAUUUGUGGACAACAUGAAAGUAUAUAACCACAGUUAUAUCUACAUGCCUGCCUUUUCUAUGAAGACAGGAACAGAGCCAUCCCUCCGAGUUUAUUAUACGUUGUCUGAUGUGGGUGCCAAUCAAACUGUGCUGUUUGCUAACCCCAACUUUCUGCGUAGCAUUGGAAAGUUCUGGAAAAGUAGAGGAAUUCAUGCCAAGCGCCUAUCCACAGGACUCUUUCUUGUGAGUGCAGCCCUGGGUCUCUGUGAAGAUGUGGCCAUCUAUGGCUUCUGGCCUUUCUCUGUGAAUAUGCAUGAGCAGCCCAUCAGCCACCACUAUUAUGAUAAUGUCUUGCCCUUUUCUGGCUUCCAUGCCAUGCCAGAGGAAUUUCUCCAACUUUGGUAUCUUCAUAAAAUUGGUGCACUGAGAAUGCAGCUAGACCCAUGUAAGAACACUUCAUUUCAUUCCACCUCCUAGGGAUUAUGGAAGAAGAAGGAACUGAGCCAGGGUAUUUUUGUUAGGUUUUCUAUGUGAUUCCAAACGAAAAUGGUCAAGUUGUUUCAUGGAUUUGCAUGGGCCACUUGAAAAGACAAAAAUAAAAAACAAGGAAAAUUCUACUUUUGAUGUUGACUUCAAGGAUAAACAAGAAACGUCCUGUGACACAUUUUAUAGCACAUUGUGGAUUUUCUGAUGGAAAAAAAUGCUAAUGAAAUGAUGCUGUUUACAUAGUUCAAAUCUAGAGGAUACAGUACAAAAACAAGAUGAACCGCUAGUUAUUGAAGCUGAGGACCUAAUCAAGGUUGAAUAAAUGAAAUGCCGGGGAAAAGUGUUGCUGAUUAUCAACACAAACUGGCUUAGUGAAAAAACAAAAACCUAUCAUAUUAGGUUUAGAAUCAUAGAGUUUUAAAAAAUUAUUUAUUUUUGCCCUAUUUAGGGCAGAGGGUGGGUGUUGGGGUAGAUUCAACAACAACAUAAAAAAAUCUGUUACUGACUAAUAAGGAUAUAAAAUACUACAGC